AUCCUUAGAAAAAUGUUCACGGUCCGAGCUUAAAUGGUGGACAAAAGGAGUAGAUUGGAGUUGUAUAAAUCAUUUCCGUUGUCGUGUUUGAACGGCGAAGGAUUUUGGGGCUAAAUGUUUCCGAAACCAAGUUGGCUCUGAAAGCUUUCCUUCCUCGUUGUGCUUGAUGGAUUGUAAGCUCCCAUAAAUCGUAGUCGCACUACAACCCUUUCUCAGGAGGUGUUCUAUCCACUGCGAGCAUCAACACCUGUCGUCGGAUCUCAAACACAAGGCCAGAAUGGAGAACCAGUUUGGGCCGUCCUUUUCAGGAGUUGCCCCAGUUAGCAAAGCUGAGACAUCCAGUAAUUAUAAACAGCACCGUCGAACACCUUCUACCUCCAGCACACUGGCUUUCUCCGCUCGAGAUGACGACGACGGCAUGCCACCCAUCGGUACAUCACGUGGUUCGGACUCGGCCAUCUCCGUUCGUUCUCUUCACUCGGAGUCCAACAUGUCCCUGCGCUCAACUUUCUCCCUGCAUGAAGAAGAGGAGGAUACGGAUCCACAGGUUUUUGCUGAACAGCCUUCGGUGAAACUGUGCUGUCAGCUGUGCUGUAACGUGUUUAAAGACCCUGUCAUCACCACAUGUGGGCAUACCUUCUGCAGGCGAUGUGCCUUAACCUCUGAGAAAUGCCCAGUGGAUAAUUUGAAGCUCACCGUGGUGGUGAAUAACAUUGCUGUGGCCGAGCAGAUCGGUGAACUCUUCAUCCACUGUAAAUAUGGUGUACGUCCCACCGCUUCAGGAAAACCAGCUGCCUUUGAAGUGGAUCCACUCGGCUGCCCUUUCACCAUCAAACUCAGCACCAGGAAAGAUCACGAGGUGAGCUGUGAUUACCGGCCGGUGCGCUGCCCGAAUAAUCCCAGCUGUCCUCCACUGCUCACUAUGAACCUGGAGGCUCAUCUGAAGGAAUGUGAACACAUCAAGUGCCCACAUUCAAAAUACGGAUGCACGUUCAUUGGGAAUCAGGACACGUAUGAGACGCACCUGGAAGCAUGUAAGUUCGAGGGUCUGAAGGAGUUCCUGCAGCAGACAGAUGAUCGCUUCCAUGAGAUGCAGGUGACUUUAGCUCAGAAAGAUCAGGACAUUUCCUUCCUACGCUCUAUGCUGGGAAAAUUGUCCGAAAAACUCGACCAGCUUGAGAAAAACCUGGAGCUUAAAUUUGAUGUGCUGGAUGAGAACCAAAGUAAACUAAGCGAAGAUCUGAUGGAGUUUCGUAGAGACGCCUCGAUGCUUAACGAUGAGCUUUCACAUAUUAAUGCCAGGCUUAACAUGGGCAUCCUCGGCUCCUAUGACCCUCAGCAGAUCUUCAAGUGUAAGGGGACAUUUGUGGGUCAUCAGGGUCCGGUGUGGUGUUUAUGUGUUUAUUCCACCGGUGACCUGCUCUUCAGCGGCUCAUCAGACAAAACCAUCAAGGUCUGGGACACCUGCACCACAUACAAGUGCCAGAAAACUCUGGAGGGCCAUGAUGGCAUUGUAUUAGCGCUGUGUAUUCAGGGUAAUAAGCUGUACAGUGGCUCUGCAGAUUGCACCAUCAUUGUUUGGGACAUCCAGAACUUGCAGAAAGUGAACACAAUCCGUGCACAUGAUAAUCCAGUGUGCACACUCGUCUCCUCACACAACAUGCUUUUCAGCGGAUCGCUCAAAGCAAUUAAGGUGUGGGACAUUGUGGGCACAGAACUGAAGCUGAAGAAAGAGCUCACUGGUCUAAAUCACUGGGUUCGAGCUCUGGUCGCAUCUCAGAAUCACCUGUACAGCGGAUCGUACCAAACCAUUAAGAUUUGGGACAUUCGUUCUCUUGAGUGCGUACAUGUCCUCCAGACCUCUGGGGGCAGUGUUUACUCCAUUGCGGUCACCAACCACCACAUAGUUUGUGGCACGUAUGAGAACCUCAUCCAUGUGUGGGAUAUUGAGUCUAAAGAGCAGGUGCGCACACUAACUGGACAUGUAGGGACGGUGUACGCUCUGGCGGUCAUUUCCACGCCGGACCAGACCAAAGUGUUCAGUGCCUCCUACGAUCGCUCACUUAGGGUGUGGAGCAUGGACAACAUGAUCUGCACGCAGACUCUGCUGCGUCAUCAAGGCAGUGUCACUGCACUGGCCGUCUCUCGAGGGCGUCUGUUUUCUGGAGCCGUGGACAGCACUGUAAAGGUGUGGACCUGCUAAAUGAUGAACAACUCCUAAAAUCACACAGUGGGCCUUUAGUUCCUUUCCAGCAGUGUGUAGAAACUGAUUACAUGGUGAUGUUGCAUCACUUCUAAAGAUACCAGCCUGAGCAGGAGUGACCUUUUCCCCGCUGUUUUUGAUCUGUUUCUUGUGAUGUGGACACGGUUUAUCUCUCGGCUCACACAGCCUUGGACCCUGACUGCGGCAUCGCCUUAAACCACUCCAAAUGACCAGCGCGUAAGAGUCCGCAGCGACCGGACUGAGUAUAUAUAUACGGUUGUGUAUAUAGCUGUUUGACUCGGUGGCUGCUCUGAGCAACAAGCCACGAUGUGAUGAAUCAUGUCUGAGAUGCCUUCUCUACUGGGACUCAGCAAUUAGAUCAUCUGAACUGACCACCUUAACUUUUCCUUCAGUCACAUUUUUAAACUGUUUACGAAGCAUCCUGCACAGGUCUGGGAACCGAGCUUCAAUGAUAAUUCAGUUUCUCCUUGAUUGAAUUAUGUUACGCAAAGUGCUCACUACAUGAGAUUAGCUUUGAUUUUUGUGCUCAUCAUCAUUAACCAUGUGUUUACACGGCCAGCCACGUGACGCAACAAAGCAGGCGCAAGGCACAAGGAAGAGGGGGGUGGGGGUGGGGUUCGGUGGAUGAAGACGGCCAGAGAUGCCAUGACAUUUUCCAGCAUGUCGGAAACAGUUGGUAAUAAAUCUCGGCACGUGCGAGACAGGCGAGCAAGAGGACAGCGAUGAUCGUGAAGGACACUGAGGCCUGCAUAGAACAGGAAACAGAGCUAUGCUAUUUUGGCAAAGUCACAUGAUCAAGUUAGAAACAGCUGAUCAGUAUUCACAGAGCAGUUUUCAGGUCUAGUCCUGAGAGCCAAACGGUUUAUCAAGUGGUAGCGGGAAAAAAAACACGUUUAUGUGAUGCACAGGGUUUUUUUUUUUGGUCCAUUUGAGCAGCUUUAUGACUAACAUUUGAUAUUGCCAAGUGAGAUUUUUUUUCUUUGCUUGUUUUUCUACUGUAUAUACUUAAUCAUCUUACUAAUCAACAGCACGCCAUGUUGAUGGAAAUAUUUAUGGCUUUCAGUGCGUCAUUGUCCCAUUCCUACUAACCGGGUCCACUUGACCACCGAAUGAAGUAAAAGAAGGAUUGAAUGAAUAUCACUCUUAAACGGCUGUUUCUUACUGAAAUGGCUAACGAUGCUGUUUAUACACGUGGCAAUAACGCACUCCAAACACGAUUUAUCUCCAUCACUCCAGUCCUGCAUUCACUGCGGUUACACUUGUAUAGCUGGCUAAAAAUACUUCUGUGUCGCUAGCAGAGAAGCGAGUGAGCGAUUAACACGUGGUCUGCUUGUGUUGCUAGCGCACACUCAUGAUGUAAAAUUUUGUCAGGGGAAGUCAGUGACUGUGUGUGAAACAGUAUUGUAACACAAAUGAUGACUGUAUUACAGCUGAUAGUGCUCUGAGCAGCCUCGGGUUGUGUGUGUGUGUGUGUGUGUGUAAUACAGAACACACACCACAACUGUCUGGGCGUCUCAAAGAACUGCGCUGGUGUUUUAUUCAGUCUCACAUGCACUCCUAACAUAUAGUGUUAAUCAUUGUCGAUUCCGUUAUUCCACUCCUUUGUGUUAUUGUAGCUACCGCUCUCGGCCAAUCAGAAGGCACUGUACUGGAGUUAACAGUAGACAAGUGCCGUUAAUUCAUUUCCAUUGUUACUGAUAAUUGCCUACAUUUUUAUUAUGGAUCAUGAUAUUAUCACGAUAUUGAAUAAAUUGUUCUGAUGAAUGUC